CAAAAAAAGCUGGCGAGGGGCGCCCGGUCCCAUCCCAGCCCCGGACUCCCUUGCGAUGGGGGGCUUCCUCGGUGCUGCCCUUGCAGGUCGGGAGUGAUCGCCUCCUAAAAGGGGCCCUUCCCUUCCCUUCUUCCCUGGGGAGGGAGGCUGCCUUUGCAAGGAAGAGGAGGAGGAGGAGGACCGGGAGCAGCAGCAGCAGCCACAGCCGCCACAAGAGCCCUCGCCUCCCUCCGAUGAUGCCGGACGAAGCCACGGAAAGCGCCUCGGCCCGGGUCUCCUCCUUCUUCAUCGCUAAUCUGCUGGGAGCCAAAGCCAAAGAGCAGAAGAAGCCGGACGGCAGUGGAGCCGAAGAAGAAGAGCACAAAGCCAGGCGCUCGCACGGCGGAGGCUUCCCCGGCAGCCAUUGUUCGCUGCCCUGCUGCCCUUGCCAAGUCUCCCGCUUCGGCCUGGGGCUGCACGCCUACCCGCUCCGGGAGAGCGCCCUCGACUGGUACCGAAGGGCCCAGGUGGCCUUCAUCGGCUGCGCCAGCCCCGAAACCAGCGACAGAGACUCGCCGGAGGCUUCGGAGGAGGCUGCUCGGGAGAAGAAGCCCUCAGCGUCGGCAAGAGCCGGACCCUCGGCGUCGGAGGGAGGGAUCGGCGUGGUCGGGGGCGAGCGAUGGGGGUCUGAGUCGAGCCCCUCGGGUCCGCGAGAGGCAGAGGCGGCCUUGGGGGGCGAGGGCCCGGAGGAGGACCCGGUGGAGGAGUCGGACUCAGGCGAGGCGCGGGCCCCCGACGCCUCUUCUUCUUCGUCGGCCUCUUCUUCCUCGGCCUCCGCCGGGGGUCGGAAGAAGAAGACGCGGACGGUCUUCUCGCGGAGCCAGGUCUUCCAGCUGGAGUCCACCUUCGACGUGAAGCGCUACCUGAGCAGCUCCGAAAGAGCCGGCCUGGCCGCCUCCCUCCACCUGACCGAGACCCAGGUCAAGAUCUGGUUCCAGAACCGGCGCAACAAAUGGAAGCGGCAGCUGGCGGCCGACUUGGAAGCAGCCAGCCUCCCGCACGCCGCCCAAAGGAUAGUCCGCGUCCCCAUCCUCUACCACGAGAACUCCUUGGCCGCCGGGGCCCUGGGCUGCUUCCCGAUCCCGCCGCCCCCGCCGCACCACCCGCGAUCUCCCGUCUCCGGCGGCAACGGAGCCGGGGGCGGCGGCGGAGGAAGCGGAGGCAUCCCGGCCUACCCGAUCUCCGCCUUCCCGCCGGCCUCGGUGCCUUUCCUGAGGUCGCAAGUGACAGGACUCGUCUGAUUCGGAGUCACUCCCCUUCUCCUGUCUUCUGCGCCGUCGAGGACCUGCUGGAUUGGGUGUUUGCUCGUUUUUUCGGUGGGGAAACGUGUCUUCACGGUGCAAUAGAGGGCUUCCCAGGCGCGAUCCGUUUCUGGACCGGGACCCAAAGCCAAAAGAUCUUCCCGGUUCCGGGGAGAAACACCAGGCCUAAAGAGGGACCGCUCCUUCGGCUAAAGCCCCUUUCUCUGCCCGCACCGCCGAGGCCGCCUUCCAUUCCUUAAGCAAGAAUGUAAGAGGUUGACUUUGCUGGCCGCAAAAACCAGGGCUUCCUGCUCCCGGUUCCUCCUCGGAUCGAUCUGGCCUUUUCGUCUCGGGAGGAGCACCAGGAACAUUUAGAAAUACGAGGGUCUUGGACGAGAGAGUGUAUGUUUUCCACCCCCCCCCCGUUCGUUUCUAGAAAAGGGUCUCAAAAGCGGUUUCGAAAUUCUGUUUUGAUUCCCCCCCCCUUCCAACAAAACUUCUUUCAACAAAACUGCACCGAUCGCCUCCUAAAGAGGUUUCUUGUCCAGUCUGGAAAAAUAAUGAUUGAUAAUUAAGCUGCUUCCAGUGAAAGGAAAGAACUCCGGGUUCAUCCCGUUGUUGCGGAAUGUUCUGUUUAAAAACCCCGGUCCCGGUUUGUUCCUCUCUUCCACGCUUCGGGCUGAGGAUCUCUUUGAAAGAAGGCAACCCAGAGAAAGCACCAAGUGUAAUUAUUCAUUCCGUGUCAACUUUAUGGUGCAAAACCAUUUGAAUAACGCUAGAGGACGGCUUGCGUUCUUCACCCGUUUCUCCGAGACCCCUUCCCCCUUUUAGAGUAUCUUAUUGUUGCUUCGUUCUGUUAAAAAAUACUCGAUGAAGAUUGGUUAUAUGGGCCAAUGGUUUUGAUUUUUCUCCGAGUCAGAAACGCGCUCACUUUCUGUUUCCUAUGGAAAGCUGGAAUGAUGUAUAUCAAGUUCCAAACAUUUCAGAGUCAAAACUGCAGUUGGUGUCUUUUAGCGACUGUAACGCGAUAUUAUAUGAAGUAUUAUGCAUGCUUAAGCUAUGUUUCUUUAACAAACUUCUUUCCCUACCUUAACAUUUCAGUAAUAUUAUUAUUAUUAAUAAUAAUAAUAACACCAAGUCACAGAAUUUAAGCCUAACGUCCGGCAGUUUGUCCUACAAGUCUAAUGGAGGAGGGGCAAAGAAAGUAACUUUUGGAUGAGAGCCUUUGAUCGUAAUGGUGUGGUACCCUCAAAUGCAAUUUAGCCUGGCUGCAUCCACACUGCAGCAAUAAUCCGGUUUGACACCGCUGUAACGGCACGGUUCUAUGCUCUGGAAUUCUGGGAAAUGUAGUGUAUUUGGAGCUGUGCCCGUUACAGCGGUGUCAAACCGGAUUAUUGCUGCAGUGUGGGUGCAGCCCCUGUUAACACUGACUUAUUGGUUUUUGGUAGGAUGACUCUUCGGCGCUUCUUAAAAAGAGCCUGCUAUUUUUAAAAUAUCUAAUUUAUAUGUGGAACAAACUAACCAUUUCUGGUUAGAGGAUGAAAUAGCCCACUAAUAACGGAGCAGGGAUAGCCUCCAUAAAACUUAAACAGGGGAUAUUUUGUGUAAAGCCAACAUCUCAGGAUAUUUGGCUCUAAACCACAUGCUUCGCCCGGUUUCCAAGUCUUGAAUUAAUACUUGCAGAAUCCAAGUUAAUCUUCAGGGAGAGAUGGCAAUUAAAACACACUCCAAAUAAAACGGAUCUUGGCUGGUAUUUUCAGUUAACAUCCCGAGUCUCUCCUCCAGACGACAGUCAUCAUUAAUUUCUUUAAAUCGAUUUAAAGUCUUGGAUUUCUUAAAUGAAACUGCCUCCUCCUUUUGUACAAAAUAAAUAAAUAAAUAAAAUUAAAAUUCUUUUCCUUUUGACACAGGAAAUAGAAAUAAUCUUAGGGCGCAGUCUCAUCUGGGAGUGGGUCCUAUGUAAGCCCAGGGGGACUUGCUUCAAUAGGCACUGUCAGGGGAGGAUUUUGAAACCGAGAAAAACGCAGGAUGUUUGGUGUUUGGAAGAUCACGCGGCUUAAAUGAUUAUUUAUAGGAAGACAGUAGAUCUGAUUCCGCUGCCCCAUCCUCACCUGUUCAAGAAGGCCCAGAAAUGGUCUCUGUCCAGAAAUUUUGGAGGAUCUCCUAAGUCUUCCAUCUCCCUGGUGACCCUGGGAUGGUGGAAAUCAUGGAAAUCAUGAUGGGUCUGGAAGCCACGCCGUAUGAGGGACGACUUAGGGAGCUGGGGAUGUUUAGCCUGGAGAAGAGAAGGUUAAGAGGUGA